UCAUCUUUUUUUGCAGUUUUCAAUUUCAAUAUGGUGCUGUUUAACAGCACAAAUGCUUUUAGUAUUUUAAUAUUUGUAUUGACAAUUUUAUCUGAAGAUGGAAUUCUAGCAAAGAAGGCUGAUUUUAAAAGAAAGGUUGAACUGUUUUACAAUCCUGGGUGCAAUAUAAUUGAGUGCAAUUCUACGACAACAGAUUCCACGGUCAAUUUGAUUUAUGCAAGAGCACAGGGCGAGAAUGACAGUCUACAUUACAUUUUAUCAACUGUUGGUCCAUCGCCUCCCUCAAUUCUCCUACUACGAUCAAAUGACGAAAGUGCAAUACUGAGUGUUAACUGGACAAAAUUUCUGCUCCCAAAUUUAGAAGAUACAUUUGGAUCUGUCAAACUUGUAUCCGAGAAUCUCACAGAAGAAGUUGAUGUUGAUGUAGAAAAUGUCAUCAUUUUUGAUAGGUUGCUGGAAUACAACGAUUCUACUGAUGAAGCAGUUUUUAAUGCAAGUUGGCAAUUCACACCCAUUUUGCUGAGUGACAUGGUGUGGGACGUUAACAUCACUGAGUCAUUGCCUGCAACAUUAAAAGGAACAACAUUGAAAUAUCCAAAAAGUUUUUCAAUGAACAGUUCUUUGUCUAUCAAUUUCUUUCCAUUUAAGUCAAAUGGACAAUCUGACAUAUUACCAUCGUUACCUCAUAACGCAAACUCAUCUGAAUGGGAAGUUAUUCUUGAGUCAUUAAUGAGCCGAGGAAAUGGAUCAAGGUUUGGUGUUAGGAUGCUGGUGCUUACUUCGAAUAGAAACAUUUCUAAAUCGAAGAUCAAGACUAUUGACGAUGAAUAUUGUCCGUCUAUUUUUACGACCGAGAAAAUUGAGUGGUUCAAUCAAACGGGUGCAGAAACUGAAACUUUUACACAAUGGAGAACGGUCAGUUACACCACAAUGGAGCACCAAAGGAAAUUCUCCACUGACGUAAUGACUGGUUCACUACAAGAAGUCAACACUUCAUCAUCAGAAUAUAAUGAAGGUGUGCUAUAUAACCGAUUACUGAGAGCUUACUUUGGUUCAACUCAAAUCAAAAGCAUGCUAGUGCAAUCUGCCGAUGUGUUCUUUGGCGAACCUGAUGAUGGUUUUUAUGUACGCACGCGGUACUUGAGUUGGACCUCUGCUAUUGGGUUUGGGAAACCACCUGUUGAUGUAUUUUCAACGCUAGUUAUAUGUAUUUUGUUUGCUGGUGUUGGCUGCCCUCUACUGGUCAUUAUUGCUGGAGGUCUUUAUGUGGCUUAUGUCAAAAUAAAGAGAUCGAAUAGGUUUUCAUAUAAAUAUCAAUUGGUUACAAAUUAUGAUUACCAGCCCAUUUCUUAAUCUAUUAGAAUAAUAGUCUCAUUUGUGCCUUGAACGACUACAAGUUUCAUAUGUUAUGUAUUUAUUGAACUUGUUAAAAGGAAUUGUUAAUGAGGAUAGUUAUUUUAUCAUUUUUUGUCUAAGGAUUCAUAUUCGUAAUAUGGCUCCUGGGACUGCAUUAUCAUUAAUCAUCAAGUUCACUUGUUGAGUUUGACAUCUUCACAAUAAAACUGUAUGACAGAUUUCAAAAGAAUAAGAAUAAGUGGGAACACAUUUGGGUUUGUAAUUUCUUGCUUGCAGUAUUACCCUAAAAAAAACAGUCUGAUUUACCGAGAGGAUAAUUUACCCACGAUUGAGAACUCUUGCUCUGGAGUAAAUGGAGGACCUCUUUUAGUAUGAUAUGAUGCAUUUUCAUAAAUUGUACCCUUAGUAGAGAAUUCUCCAAUAUUAAGCUUGGUUAUAUAUACACAUUUUCUUCCAAGUAUGAGCCAUUGAUGGCAUAUUAGAUGAUAACACGCAAUCAAGUUUGAGAAUGUGCUGAUGUAUUAAGUUGUAAACCGUUCUUAAUAUGUACUUCAGUCUUAUGAUAUAGCAAAUUGGUGUAAUGUGAUUAUUUUUAUGAAGCUGGCACUAUUAUGCAUUUUGAGUAUUUUUGCAUGUUUUCUGAUUUUUCACUCUUUUUAUCUAUCUUGAUUAUUAUUUACUAGUGCUUUUUACUUUGCCUUGAAAAUAAAAUUGUCUGAUUUGUUUUGCAACUAAAAUAUUGGUUCAAAAUUUGUUUACCAACCAUUUUUCCCAUCCUGGAACAAAGUUUGUAUGUAUUUAUAUUUGGUAUAUAGUUUGACAUUCAAAUUUCAUUUUCUAGAGCUUUGGUAAUUAAAAAGAAAAUUAGGACAAUCCAUUGGCAUUUAAAGUUUCCACCACGUAUUUUCCGCUCCUUAAAUUGCUUAGUGUUCCCAUACACUGAUGCAUUCCCUUAUGAAUGAACAAUGUUGGAACUGCUCUUUUAAUUCUUUUAAUUUAAAGAACAUAAGGACAUUGUUUACAUCUCAUGCUUUUAUUUUUGUAUCUGCUGUCUCGAUCAACUUUUUUAUCAUUGUGAAUCAUAAGUGAUCUUUCAUUGGACUGUGAUCAUUUUUUCUGAGAGUGUUAAUAUUAUACAUCAUUUUAAACGUAGCAAGGGAUAAAUCAAGCUUCAUCUCUUGCUAUAUUUAAAUGAUAUAAUGUAGAGAGUGGUCUGACUAACGGAAUGUGCUUUUUUGUCAUUUUUCUUGCCAAUGAAUCUUUAAUAUCAAUUGCUGUAUUAUACUGUGAGCGAUUUUAUUAAAUUAAACUAUUUUGACAUUAGUA